CCGGGCCUUGGUACCACGCUCUGCCGCCUCUUGACUGCAUAGCAUGGGUCAAGUCCUACGAGUCCUAAUCCGCUGCUUCUGCUUCUGCUUCUGCUUUGCUGCCUCUGCCAGACAGCUAGGACCUUGAGAGGAGCUAUUCCGCGACCUGCCCCUGCCCAGUCUGCCUUUCAUCCACUGGCAUUGUUCAGCGCGCACGGCGAGAUCCCAAAUAAAACUAAAAUGGGUGGCGGAAUGCUCUUGUUCGUUGCUUGCCGUUAGCUCUCACUCGCCCUGUCGUCUGUCGUCCCGUUCGGUUGGUCAGAAGAGAAAAAUCGCCCCUCUUUGAGAAAGCUCUCUCUGAAAGUACCCCGACCUUUUUGUUGUUGCCAUUACAGCAUCACGGUCCACCAAAAAUGGACCUCAAGAAACCCUAUUCCCUCCUGGAGGACCACUCUCUCCAGUCCUCAAACUCAAAUCACCCAACAUUCCGGUCUUCAACACCCCUAUUCCGCCAUGGCCGUCUGUUGACAGACGGUGGGGAUGGGGCGAGCUUCACUUCAACCUCGCCCCUCUCCCAGAAGCUCACUGACUUUGACCAAGACCUUGACCUGGACUUGAAUGAGCAACCGAUGUUGUCCUGCGUAUCCCAAGAGACGUCCCAAGAAGAUUGUGCCCGACACAGAUUCAUCGUCUGGGCUGCCGUGAAACGCAACGAGUCUCUCAGGAAGCAUCCGGAAAAGAGGACGGAAUGCCCCCUUCUCAAAUGCAACCACAAGCUCACCGAUCACGAAUCAAUGCUCAAGCAUCUGGCAGGGUGCAGAUAUCUUGCCUCGGGGGAAUACUGGUGCUAUAACCACAUGAGGGUGGAGCACUUUGACGAUAUCAGAUGCAAGAAGUGUCUCGGCCAUCCAUCCCGGGCGAAGAAGGUCCUCACCAUAGCCAAGAAGCUUUUCCACGGCCUGGGCCACAAAUCAAAAAAGGGUCAACAGGGCUCUACCAUCGACGAGGAGCGGACACACCAACCACCACCGAGUUACGAAUCCAUUUCUCGACUGGCGCUAGGUCCACCACUGCCUGGAAAUGCCGCCGAACUGCCCCUUACCGAGAUUCUAGAAGCCGACUCCAACGAGAUCGAACUCCCCAUGGCGCCACAACAGCAACCGCCGCCGCCGCCGCAGCAGCAGCAGCAGCAGUAUCCGACGGUUGAUCCACAAGACCUGCUAGUCCCCCAACCCAUCAUACCGCCAAGCCUCCCAGAGCUCGAUGCCAGCACCAUGGAGUGGGACCACACGCUUGACAUGGCGAUGCCCCAGAUACCAUUACAAAUGCCGAUAACAUUACAGGACGACAGCAUGCAGCAGUUUGGUUACGUCAGGCCGCCACACCAGCUAGCGACAAAUAAUCCAUACGCCCGUCACCAGGCGCCUCCUCGACCGGUGUCCCGACCAACAUCUACUGCUCCACGAAGUAAAGGUCUGUCGCCCAGCUCCUCGGUAAGGUCGACGGCAAGCACCGACACGACGACCAGCAACGUUAGCAACGAUAGUAACGUCAGCUACGAUAGCACCUUCAGCAACCUUACCACGGACAGUCAUGGGACCACCAACUCUUACGAUACUGUUUACAGCAAUGCCAACUCAUUGGUCUCUCCCAUCUCGAACUAUAGCGCUGGGGCCUGGUCGACACCGGACGGCAUGAACACAAAUAUGACGUCCCCCAUCGACGGUGCCAUGCUCGAAAAUCCCUUUGGCGACGCCGGUUACGACUACGAUGGAUGCCCGGAUUUCCUGCACAACUUUUACUCCGAGUUGCCAGCGGACUUUCCGGUUUCCUCGAUGAUGGAUGGUAUUGUUCCAGACCCUAUCCUGGCGAUGAAUGAACUCCCAAUGACACUCGAUCUCGAUCUCGAUCACGCCCCAGGGCCCUCGAUGGCAAGCAAUGUGGCCGAGCUGCCCGACAACGAUAGCAGGGAGAUGGUGGAAGUCUCGCAACCCGAUCCAUGCUGCUCAGAAGCGAGGUCGAUGGUCGACUCAGCCUGGGAAGUACUGCAGGAGCAGGUCGUGCAAUCGAUGGUCAAAAUCCAGGACAUCCGGGGAAAUCGACUUGCGCGGCAGCUCAAGUCCAUGUCGAUUCAGACGAUAGCGGAGAGGGGGCUGCGGACUUUGCGCUUGUACCUUGAUGGAUUUCAGCCAUCGACUGCGGACGACGCGCUGUGCCUGGCGCAUCUCGUGUUUGCGUUUGCCUUGGUUGCGUAUCAGGAGGGAACGCACAAACGUGUGAGGGGACUAUAUCUCCAGUCUCUUCCGCUCAUGGGCAUGAUGCCAGAGCAGGACCGUCCGGAUUACCAGCAACUGGCCGACUUCAUCUGGAAGCCCGAUGGUCUAGCAUCGUCUGGUGCCCAGAGAAGCCCGGAUACGGUCGGCAGCAUGUUUCCAGAUUCCAAGGGGAAAUCGCCAGUCGGCCACCAUGGGAUGAGAUCGCAGCCGCCAGAUAUGUUUCGUGCGGCUGCUUGGGAUUUCCUUGAUGAACUCGAAAUGAAAAUGCUCUUCGGGUCCGACUCCCACCUCCACGAUCUGCAAGACCCGGCGGCUCUCCUCGUCAAACACACCCAAGACUCGCACCAAAACGGAGCGGUGAACCCGGCCCUCCUACAAACAGUGAAACCCAUCCUAGAAAAACUCACCCGGACCUAUGACAGCCCCGACCUGCGAGAGAAGCUCAGACAAACAUUCCGAAACUUGACCUCUGGGCAAACUUCCAGCAUCCGCAAACUCGAAAUCGAACUCCUCCACGCCGGCCAAACCACCCUCCCCUCCUCUCGGUACUACGACUUCUUCGUCCCCCAAACCCGCCAGCUCAUCGACGAAGUCUACCUCGUCCACGACCCCGCCCUGGGAACCCGCCGGCGACGCGACUACCACAGCCUAGGCAUCACUUACAUUGAGAACCUCCUCCCCGACCUCGACAACUUUUCUUCUUCUUCUUCUUCUUCUUCUUCUUCUUCUUCUUCUUCUUCUUCUUCUUCUUCUUCUUCUUCUCCAGAGCAGCAGCAACAAUCAAUGGAUGAUUACCUCAACCUUGCCACCUCCUCCCCACAACCACAACCAACCCCCCAACAGCAACCGGUACCAGACGACCGAAUCGUCGAAGCCGACUCCAAAUGCGACGAGUGCGGCUACCGGCCAAAGGGACACCCAAGGUGGUUCAAAGGCAGCAUGGCCAAGCACAAGAGGCUGAAGCACAGCCGCGAGCCGCCCAAGAUUUAUAGCUGCAAGUACCCCGGCUGCACGAGCCAGUACAAGAACCGGCCGGACAACCUGAGGCAGCAUCAGAUUGAGAAGGGGCAUUUUUUGGAGGGGGAGGAGGUGGUGGUUAAGAGGGGGAGUAAGAGGAGGAGAGUGGAAGGGGGUGAGGGGUUGAAUGGGGGGAGGGAAUAA